UGUUUUAUACAUCACGACAACGGUGGGUUAUCGAUAUUACUGUCUUUUUUAAGCUUUGAAUUGUGCGACUCUUGAAAUGAAUAACCGUUUUCCCAAUUUAACUGUGAAUUACAGCACCACCGCCAGCACCGCCCCCUAAUCUUGCGAACUCUGCUAGGAACAACCUGUCUCCACUUUUUUUUUUCUUACACUAGACAGAACAUCAUGGCGGAACUACAACAGCACAGCAACAACAAUCACUUCCCGAUCUUAUUCUCCUUUUCCGUCUUCUCUCGGCCCUCAUCAUUGCCUGCUGGUUCGGGCUACGAGGUUCUGAUCCAAAAGUUCCUGUCCCUGUAUGGAGAUCAAAUCGACAUUCACCGGAAGUUUGUUAUUCAGCUUUUUUCAGAAGAAUGGGGGCAGUACAUUGAUUUACCCAAAAGCUUUGUAGUGGCUGGAAAAUGCAAACUACGAUUGGUUCCUCUGCAAAUGACAAUGACUACACUUGGCAAUCUCACACCAGCAACCACUGUAUUUUUUUGCUGUGAUAUGCAGGAAAGAUUCAGACCAGCUAUCAAAUACUUUGGGGAUAUUAUAAGUGUCGGGCAACGACUGCUUCAGGGGGCUCGCAUAUUGGGAAUUCCAGUUAUUGUUUCUGAACAGUACCCUAAAGGAUUGGGGAGCACAGUUCAAGAACUGGACCUAACAGGGGUGAAGCUUGUGAUCCCCAAGACCAAAUUUUCUAUGGUUUUGCCUGAAGUUGAAGCGGCACUUGCAGAAAUUCCAGGAGUCCACAGUGUUGUCUUGUUUGGGGUUGAAACCCAUGUGUGUAUCCAGCAAACAGCACUGGAUUUGAUUGGAAGGGGGUUGGAAGUUCACAUAGUAGCCGAUUCAACCUCUUCCAGGAGUAUGAUGGACAGAGUGUUUGCAUUGGAGCGUCUUGCUCGCACUGGGAUAAUAGUGACCACGAGUGAAUCUAUACUUCUACAGCUUGUGUCUGACAAAGACCACCCCAAAUUCAAAGAGAUUCAGAAUAUUAUCAAGGCGAGUGCUCCUGAGUCAGGGCUGCUUUCCAAGGUCUAACAAGAAAAUCAUUGGUGAGAAAAGGAGGCGGUUCCAUUGCGUUGUGAUUUAAAAAUAAAAAAAAAAAAAAAAAAAAAAAAAAAAGCACCAGAAUUGUCACAGGCUUUCUCGACAGGUUCAGGGUGUAGAGCAUGUACACCUUUCUUGCGAAAGAUGUGCCGAUGUGUUUGCGUAAUCGCAUCAGUGUUGUUAAAUGGUAAUACGCCUCAGAACUGUAGAGUUUCUCUGUGGUAAAAAUGUCAUGUUGUAGGAAAAGGAGGUGCCUACAGUAACUAAUCACAGUCUGCAUUGAUAGAUGUGCCUACAGUAACUAUUCACAGUCUGCAUUGAUAGAUGUGCCUACAGUAACUAUUCACAGUCUGCAUUGAUAGAUGUGCCUACAGUAACUAUUUACAGUCUGCAUUGAUAGAGGUGCCUACAGUAACUAUUCACAGUCUGCAUUGAUUGUAAAACUAAGGUACUUUUUGUGGAGCCUCUUGUGUUAAUCUUGAUAUAUUUAUUUCAACAGAUGUACUCUGAAUAUGUUAUAAGUUCAUGAUUAUUAUAUUUUAAAUACCAAGUAUUUUGUCUAUCAAAAUUAAGUUAUGCCUGUCUGUCAAUCAAAUGAUCAGUGUAUCUAUCCCUCUCUAACAGGACAUAAAUUGAGUUGUCUCUAA